AUGCGCGUCAUCUCCAAGACCAAGCUGCCGCGCAUGAACAACAGCGAGCGCGGCAAGUUCUACCGCCAGAAGUACCGCGAGUACGAGGAGCAGCUCGAGCAAGACGUGCAGCGGCUGCAGAGCGAGGUGCACGAGCUGCAGCGGCUGCUCGAGCUGCGCCAGCUCCUGCCGCAGCAGUAUCCCCGCGUGGCUCUGGACGAGGUGCGGGCGGCCACGCAAGUCGUGUACGAAGGCUUGAUCCGACUCCACGAGCGCUGGGCGUCUAUCGAUCGGGGCUCGGACUCACCUUCGGCUGCGUUGGUCCAGCAGACCACCUCGGACGAGAUUCGAUCUGCGGAGCACGUUCACGCCCAGCAGAGGCUCCUGCCGCUCAGUCCGUCCCAGUCCGAGUACUUCAUUGCACGGCAUCAGCACAUCGCGACUCCGAUGCUGUUCAAGCUCGAGUCGGUCGAGAUCCAGGGCCCCAGCGACAGCAGAAUCGUCGUUGCCCACGGCCGACUAUACGCCCAGUACCGACCGGCGGACCUUGAUGUGCUUUUCCCAGUCAUCCGCCACAACAAGCACCUCGCCGCGCGACUGCUGGCGAGGGAGGUCGCGUACAGCUGCACGUACCGCUUCCACACAGCAACCCCGUUCGAGGCGGGCGACUUGGCCUUUGUAAGCGUCGAGCUUGACGCUGUCGGCGGCCUGCUGGCCACGAUCCCCAAUCUCCACUGC